GAAAAGUUUGAAAGCAUAAACCCAAACUCCAACUUUUCGAACUCUGCAGCAUCAACCAAUCUGUUGCAAAUCUUCUCUAGAAAAGAUGUUCCUGCGUGUGGCUGCAGCAAAUUUGCUGAGAAAACUUCGCUUUCCUGCUUCUUAUGCCUUCCCUGCCUCCACUGUAACCACCACAAAUGAACUUUCCGUUAAGCUCAAACUUCCCCGUUGGUACCAAACUGGUGGACAUGGUUGGAGGAUAAAUCUUAGGGAUCCCUGUUUAUGGAUUGUUAUAUCUGGACAUGUAGCAAUGACUUUAGGAAUUAGUGCCAACACAACAUUUGCAGAAAAUGCGACAACUGAAGCAUCUUCUAACAAUGACCUGGGAGAUGACUUAGUUGGCUUGAGAAAGAUUGAGGAUGGUUCUGUCGUAUCAAACAUUCAUACAGCAAAAUGGAGAGUCUUUACUGAUAAAGCGAGAGAUUUUUUUCAGCAGGGAAAACUAGAUGAAGCUGAAAAACUCUUCCUUUCUGCUAUACAAGAAGCUAAAGAAGGUUUUGGCGAGCAAGAUCCGCAUGUUGCUUCUGCAUGCAACAAUCUGGCAGAAUUUUACAGGGUCAAAAAGGCAUUUGACAAAGCAGAGCCAUUGUAUUUGGAAGCCAUCAAUAUAUUAGAGGAAUCUUUUGGUCCUGAUGAUGUACGGGUUGGAGUUGCUGCUCACAACCUUGGGCAGUUCUACCUUGGACAGAAGAAAUUGGAAGAAGCUCGGGUUAACUACGAGCGCGCUUUGAAGAUAAAAAGGCGUGUUCUGGGUUAUGGCCAUUCAGAAUGUUCAGAUACAAUGUUUCAUCUAGGAGUGGUGUUGUAUCUUCAAGGUAAAGAAAGGGAUGCUGAGGUCCUUAUUAAGGACUCUAUAAGAAUGCUGGAGGAAGGUGGUGAAGGGGAGUCAUCUGUAUGCAUUAGAAGACUACGUUACCUCUCACAGAUAUAUAUGAAGUCACAUCAAGUUGCUGAAGCUGAGAUGGUUCAGAGAAAGAUCCUGCAUGUUAUGGAAUUGUCAAAGGGAUGGAAUUCCUUGGCUACAGUUAUUGCAGCUGAAUCUCUGGCUUUGACCCUGCUAGCAUCUGGCAAUACAAAAGAUUCAAAAGAUCUUCUUGAAAGAUGUCUUAAUGCCAGGAAGAACUUGCUUCCCAGUGAUCAUAUUCAGAUUGGUGCAAACCUACUUCAUCUAGCAAGAGUGGCAAUGCUUGACUGCGGUCAACAUAAAAUGUUGGAUGUUUCUAAAGCUGAAGCUGAGCUUGACAUGGCAAAGAAUCAUUUGCAUAAUUCCAUAAGGAUUGCACGUGAAUGUUUACGGAAGGUAUCAAAACAAAAGGACAAGUUAAAGAGAUACAGUGAGCCCGGGGAUUCUAGAAAGGAAGGCCAAGCAGCACUGGCCAUAUUGUUGCAAUCACUCAAUACAUUGUCAUCAGUAGAGCUAGAAAAGCAAGAAUUGCAGAAGAUUCAGGAAGGGAAUAUUAACCUCGAGGCUCAGGAGGCACUUCUUCAAUGCAUUUCUGCUUACAAAGAGUUUGUAUCUGAGAGGUCAAUUGCUGAUACCCCUGAAAUAAAGAACGAGUAUCUUUCAUGUUUAAAGCGCGCACAAAAUUUUCUCGGACAUAAAAUUCAUUAGAAGCCAAGCAAUGAAACACCAUGACAGGAUUUUUUGUUCCCUGUUCCCUUUAUUUUUUAUUUUUUAUGUGUAUGUGUUUACUUCAAUUCAUAGGCAUUUUUUUUGUUUCAUAAAGAAAAUAAUUAAAAAAGGGAACAAUGUUACUGAGCAUAGAAAUAUUGUUGUUAAUUACACUACCUUUAUAUCUAACUGUUCUAUGCUCAGUUGUAUUUUCUUUGAUAUCA